AUGCCUUAUUACGCUGUCGCUCAUGGUCGUCAAACUGGGGUGGUUAAAAGCUGGAAAGAAUGCCAAUUGAGAGUACAAGGUUACCGUGGAGCGAUCUAUGAAACUUUUCGUCACGCAACCGACGCCUAUAAUUUCGUUGAUGAAAAUAAUCCUUCGAAGAGAAGUGAACAUUGUACCAAAAUCUUUAUUGACGGCGCAUUUCAAGGAGACCAGUGCGGAUAUGGAGUCUGGUACGGCGAUGAUGAUCCCAGAAAUGCUGCCGUACCACUUUUCCAGGCAAAAGAAGAACUUCCAUUGAACAAUCAACGAGCAGAAUUAAGGGCCAUGAUUCAUGUUUUUAGAAAUAUACAGCAAGAGAUCGAACUGAACAACGGUAUCCCUUUAAAAGAGUAUGUGAUUCUUACUGAUAGUCAGGCUACCAUCAAGGCACUCACCAUUUGGUCUGUUAAAUGGAAAAAGAAUGGAUGGAAGACAACGAAAGGAGAGAUCAUUGCAAAUAAAGAUCUAAUUAGUGAAGCUGUUGAAUUAUUAGAGAGCUUGGAGCAAUACUACCGAACCAGUGACUUGAGAUUAGCAAUCGAACAUGUUUAUGGGCAUGCUGGUGUACAUGGGAAUGAAGAAGCUGAUAAAUUAGCAACUUUCGCAGCAAGCUUGACUACCAUCAUACUGGAAAAUAAGGAUACCAGCAAACUGAAAAUUCCCUACGAAUUCCCUUCAACAUGGGUUCUGGUCACCGGCUUUACUAUAGCUCUUGUUCUGCUAGGGUUCUAUGUCUUGAGGAAAAGAAGGUCCUAA